AUGAAGUUCACAUCAAUUACCGCUGCACUUAUAGUGGCUGCAAAAGCAGUUGCCGACACCUCGUCUCUUCUGACCAUCUCUUCCACAAUCAUUUCCUCCACAUGCACAAGUCUGAGUUUCUACUAUGGAAACUCUUCUACCAAUGCAUUGGCUCCUGGCUCUAUGACCAAGGGUGCCGCAACCACCACUUCCUCUAGCUCUCCAGAUUCGACAAUCAUUCAAUACAACGAUGUGACUCAAAAGUCCACUUUGACCUUCAUCAGAACUACUUGCUCUCUUGGUGGUUGUGUUGUCACCACCGAUAUGCAAACCUUGACCACUGUGACUGCCACAGUCGAUGGUGUGUUGACUACAUAUGUCACUGGCGUUCCAGUUUCGGCAACAAACACUGCUACUGCUGUUGCUACUCCUGCCACCGCUGCGGCUGGCGCUUCAUCUUCUAACACUGCUAGCGGUGUUAAGACCGGCUCUAGUAGAACGGACUCCGUCGUGACUGGAGCUCCUUCUAGUUCUAGUGCCGUUACUGAUAUUCUCACAUUGACUAACCCAGUUACCACUGUUAUCACGAUCACUAGCUGCUCGGCCAAUGCUUGCCAGAAGACCGUUGUGACCACUGGUGUCACUGUUGUAACUUCUACUGUCAACGGCGUGAAGACUAUUUACACCACUUACUGCCCAUUGUCUACUACUGUAGCUCCAACCACUACAGCCACCACCGUGACUACUACUCCAACUACCACUCCAACUACUACUCCAACUACUACUCCAACUACUACUCCAACCACUACUCCAACCACUACUCCAACUAAAGAGAAGACCAAGGAGAAGACCACUACAAAGACCUACACUGACAAGACUACCGUCUCUACUGUUGUGAUCACUAUCACUUCUUGUAGUGACAAUGCUUGUACUCCAAUUCCUGUGACCACUGGUGUCGUCUACUCGACUGUCACUGCUCCAGGUACCACGACAAUUUACACUUCUUACUGUCCACUUACAACCACCACCACUGCUCCUUCUCCAGCACCGGUUCCAUCUACCAGCUCGACGUCGACAACUGUGACUGAAACUACUAAGACUGUUCCUGCUCCUUCCACACCUGUGACAACUACCACCAUUGUCACCCCUCCAACCACUCCAAUUCCUAAGCCAACAACUAUUACAACUAUCACCCAGGGCCUGCAGACCACUGUGAACGUGAUUACCAACAACAUCGUCACAAACUCUCAGACCAGCAUCUCUACACCUCCAGCUAUCAUCUCCUUCAACAGCACCUACACUGGAGGUGCUGCCCGUGCCAUGCCAAUCGUUUUGGCACUUCCGGCCUUGUUCAUGCUCGCAUAA